UGAAGCCAGUCUUCUGUACACUUCGUGUGGUAUAACACAUAGAUUUCAACGGGGAAAUCUUGAAACACGUGCUUGGUUGGGCCGAAAAAUCAACCGAGCAAGUGGUAACGCGGCAUUAUCGGCAAAUCAACCGGAAUUGGUGUACGCCUGCGGUGUUUAAUCAACUAUAAUUUAACCGGACCGACUAGAAACUCUUUUUGUUUGUUUUCCGGUUAAUUUCAUUUGCGACAUCGGACUCCUAAUUUCGAGCCGCAGGUUUUGCUCGAUUUUUUCCAAAUACCUGAACUUGAAUAUUGUGGGUGUAUAAAUCAAUGUGGGAUUGACCGUUAAGGCUUUUUUAAAAGCUCAAUCUGGGAGCCACUUCCGGACCCGUCCCGACUCCGGGCGGGUUUUCACCAGUCAUUUCCGCCGCAAAAACGAUUUCCCUAAGGGAAUCAUCCUGCGCCGAGAGCCUGUGGAAGAUGCCACACAAAGUCUCGUGUUUUCCAGAGGAAGACCUAAUGCACCAUUCCAUGGGCCAGAAUACCAUAUUCGGGUGUUCGACUGCUGGCCACAGCGGUAUCAAUCAAUUGGGCGGCGUCUACGUGAAUGGUCGCCCACUGCCCGACUCUACAAGACAGAAAAUCGUUGAACUCGCCCAUUCCGGAGCGCGUCCGUGUGAUAUUUCCCGCAUCCUCCAAGUGUCGAAUGGAUGCGUGUCAAAGAUACUGGGAAGCUUUGCUGGUCGCAGGUACUACGAAACGGGUUCCAUCAAGCCACGAGCCAUCGGCGGAUCAAAACCACGAGUGGCCACGCAGCCGGUGGUUCAGAAGAUUGCUGAGUUCAAGCGGGAGUGUCCGUCGAUUUUUGCGUGGGAGAUCAGGGAUCGGUUGCUCAGCGAAGGUGUCUGCAAUAACGACAACAUUCCCAGUGUUUCAUCAAUCAAUCGCGUUCUUCGGAAUUUGGCGAGCCAAAAGGAGCAGCAGGCUUCCGCUCAGAACGAGUCCGUUUACGACAAAUUGCGGAUGUUUAAUGGACAGGCGCCAGGAUGGGCUUGGUAUCCCGGUACCCCAACUGCUCCCCAUCUUGGACUUCAUCCAGCUCCUACUUUAACAGCACAAAUCACCAGGGAGGAGAUUCAGAAACGAGAAGUAAUCCAUGAGAACACUUCGGACGGCAACUCUGAACACAACUCGUCGGGGGACGAAGACUCGCAACUUCGGUUAAGGCUUAAAAGGAAGCUGCAAAGGAACCGAACCUCGUUUACAAAUGAGCAGAUCGACAGUCUGGAAAAAGAAUUCGAGCGCACCCAUUAUCCAGACGUUUUCGCGAGGGAACGGCUAGCCGAGAAAAUUGGAUUGCCUGAGGCACGUAUCCAGGUGUGGUUUAGUAAUCGGCGAGCGAAAUGGCGUCGGGAGGAAAAGUUGCGCAACCAAAGAAGGGCGGUUGAUCAAGUUGGUACCGUCAGCCCUCCAGUGCCGACCAGCCGAUUGUCGAUUAAUCCCGGAUUUAAUUCCAUGUAUUCUUCCAUACCACAACCGAUUGCUACGAUGGCCGACACCUACAGCCCGAUGGCCGGCGGUUUGACCUCCAGCUGUUUGCAACAAAGAGAAGCCACAGGCUACCCCUAUAUGUUUCACGACCCCCUGCAUUCCUUGAGUUCUUCGUAUAACUCGAGGGGGGCGGCCUGUAACCCGGCAGUGGCUCAUACUCAGCCAAGCAGUCAUCCCUCGUAUGGUUCAGCAGGAGCGACUGGCACCCCGGUUUCGACUGGCACUGGCGUCAUAUCGGCCGGAGUCUCCGUUCCAGUUCAAAUCCCUUCGCAGAGCGCUGACAUCUCGUCGAAUUUGGCUUCAAACUACUGGCCGCGGAUUCAGUGAUCUCAACUCUUUGGGUUUCCCACUGCGACGAGUCUACUCAUGCAUCAGGAAACCCAAGUGGCAGGACUUCAUCAUCCCACUCCGAUGGCGUCGCCUCCACCCAGUGGCGUCUCGCCUCCCAACCAUGAAAGCUCCUAAGAAAUCGCGAUUUAGCCCUAGAAACGAGGUGAGCUAGUGGAUACACAUUGACAUGAUUGCACUUUCAAGUACAGAGACAACGUGACAGUUUUAAGUGCUAAUUUACCGAGAAAAAACACCCAGUUUGCAGGGUUAGUUUGGGAGUCCGUUUUGCAAAGGGGUACAAAGCAUCAAAUCUACAUGUUUUAGAUGCAGCGCAUUAUUAUUAAUUAGGAGAAAUUUGAAAAUUGAACAGUCGAAGUCAUUGGGGGCAAGCGAUCUAAAAUAUU